AUGCUUUUUCGUGCCAGCUGCCUCGUGGCGGCGUUCGCAUUUAGUUCUUGGGCACAGGUAACCGAGCCGGCAAACUUCAACGUGACCGAGGCUUUGAUCGAGGAGGGAGUGGACAUCACAGAACUGCCUCUAGCAGACCUGCAGUCUCGCUCAUCUAAUGCUGCUUGUGCAGUGGCAUGCGCCUCCCUGGACAUCAUCUAUUCCAGCAACCUGUUUCGAGACGGUGAAGCAGCAUAUGACAGCUUCACAGACAAUUACUGGGCUCAACAGCAGUCCAAUGUCAAUCCUUACUGCAUCUUCAAAGCCCCCGACACAAAGUCAGUCUCGGUAGCCAUCCUCAUCUCUCGCCUAACCACUUGCCCUUUUGCUGCCAAGUCAGGUGGCCAUGCAGCUUUCAAAGGCGCCUCCAACAUCGAGGGCGGCAUCACCAUUUCCCUCGAGAAUCUUGAUAGCAUCAAGGUCUCCUCCGACAAGAAGACCGUGGCUAUCGGCAGCGGCAACCGCUGGGCUCGAGUCUACUCCGAGCUGGCCAAGUCUGACCUCGCUGUAAUUGGGGGCCGUGUUGCACCCAUUGGCACCGGCGGACUGACUACCGGUGGCGGCAUCUCCUUCUUCAGCGGCAUCUAUGGCUGGGCCUGUGACAACGUGGCCGCCUACGAUGUAAUCCUGGCCUCUGGCCUGACAACAACGGCAUCGCCCACCCAGAAUCCCGAUCUUUAUUGGGCGCUCCGCGGCGGCGGUAACAAUUUUGGCAUCGUACACACAUUCCAUUACGAAGCGAUCGAACUGCCCGGCAAUGCCAUGUGGGGCGGUGGGCGCGUCUACCUCGAGGAUCAGUUCGCCGGUCUGACCAAAGCUUUCGCCAAUCUCGUCGCCAACUCACCCAAGGACCCCAACGCGGGGCAAUGGGUGGCUUGGCUUACCAACCAGGGCACCAAGAUAGCGAGCACGGAGCUAUGGUAUGGGAACCCCAACGGCGGCAGCGCUGUCAUUUUCAAUGAGUACAACAACCUCACCGCCAUCUCCGACACCACUGGGCCCAAGAAGCUCGCUGCGUAUGCCACCGAGCUCGACGCCUCCAACCCUUACGGCCUGCGCGAGACGUACUACGGCCUGACCGUCCAGGCCGACCAGGCCCUAGCCGAGAUCGCAAAAGACAUCUUCUUCGAGGAGCUCCCCGCCACCGCCAAUGUCGCGGGCGCGAAUCCCGUGCUUCUGUAUCAAGGCAUCACGUCUGGCCAGAUCGCCGCCAUGCGCAAGAACGGCGGCAACCCCUUGGGACUCACCGAUCCCAACAAGCCACUUUACCUGAUCCACGUGGCGUGCUGGUGGCAGAACGAGGCCGACGACGCCACCGUCUACACCAUGAUUACCAAGGUGCUGCGACGUAUCAAGGCCGAGGCCAAGAAACGCGGCAAGGACAGCGACUACGUCUACAUGAAUUACGCCAGCCUCUACGAAGACGUGAUCCGCAGCUACGGCAAGGCCAACCAGCAGCGUCUGCAGAGCAUCGGGAAGAAGUACGAUCCGCAGGCGGUUUUCCAGAAGUUGCAGCCUGGGUACUUCAAGUUGCAUAAGGCGCCGGUGACGGGAAGCCCGUACUUCACAGGCCAAUGA